AUGUCAAUCAUUCGUCGCAUGGUCGUCGGCUCUACUAUGCUUGUCUCCUUUCACAAAUCUACCAUCGGUUGCUGCUCGCUGCUCCUCGCUGAAGAAGAUGACCUAACAGCCUCGGGGAAGCCCCAGAGAAGCUACCUGCGAGCUUCCCCAUGGCUGCGUAGACGGCAGCAGCAGCGGAGCUUCGGUGGGACGAUAGAGACGAAGCCGACGAAUAGCUUUGAUGGAAGUAGUGAAGAUGAAGAGGAGGACAUUCGCUCAGGACACUCUCUUCACUCAAACUCCAGCCCGAGUCCGAAGAUAUCUCGUGGGCAUCCUCGUCCUCUCCACCCGGGUUCAUCGACGCGGGCGAGAAGGAGUACUUCAAGCGUUGUCAAGGAUAAAGUUGAAGAAGAGUCCCAUCAUCCCGCGGCCGUCUGCCUCUGGGGGCCAGACGAGGCGAUGAAGUUGCUCUUAACUGGGAGUUUCCGCUUGCGGAUAGUUUCGCCAACAUAUCCUUUACCACUCCGCAACACAGACUCGUUAGCGUCGGUUCGACCCAACGCCAACCUCAUCGGUUGCUGCUCGCGCCCAUUGCAAACAUGGGGGCUUCGGGGAGCAGCGGAGAACCAUCCCAUGGCUCCCCGUGGCCGCGUGGGCGGCGGCGGCGGGCAGCAGAAAACUUCCAAGGGACAACGAAGGCGACGAAGGGCUUCUGUCUUCCCCGCCACAGCCACAUCAAUGACAACCGCAAUGAAACUGGCAACAGCAAUGGCAACGACAACGAAGCUACCCCAGAGCGUGAAGGAGGUCGUGACGUCUCUGCAGCCGCAGACUGCUCGUCGUUCGGGAAUUCCCAAAGCCCCGACGAUCGUCGGUUCUGCUCGGCUCUGCUUGGGUCUACUUGAACAAUUUCCCAUCGGCUGCUGCUCGCUGCCCACUGCCACCCCACGGCCUCCCCGUGGCCGCGUGGGCGGCAACGUCAAUGGGCACCAACCAAGUUCGGUUUGGCGCAGAGCUACCAUUCUUACCUCGAGCUUGAAGUCGCCAACGAAAAAGGCGAGAAGUCAACCGUGUGCCUCGACACCGGUACAUCAAACAGAAUGGUCUGCCGCCAAUGGUCGGACGACUUUAUCGUAAACUACAACUGGUAGCACCCUCUCCUGAGGCGCGUCCCAAACCAUACCAAUUCUUAAGCCUCAGACUACGAUCACAUAUUCACACCAUAUGUUCAGCCUGCCCCGCGCCCGGUGGGUGGCGGACCGGACGCGCACGCUGUGCAACUCCCACUUCAAUCCGACCUCCUGCCAAUCUGUUCUAGCAUGCCCUGCGUCCGGUCCGACACUAUCCGGGCGCGCACGCUGUUCACCUACCACUUUAACUUGCGACCUCCCAUUACCUCUUGGCAUGCCCUGCGUCCGACCCGGCACAAGUCAGGCUGCGCGUGACCAAGGCCACAUCAAGGAUGGCAUCCGAACAGGACAACGUCCUGCAAGUAGCGGCAUUCCUCCGGUUAAAUGGAAGACGACGAAGCCAACGAAGAUUUUGUCUUCUUUGCCACGGUAACGGUAACGACAAAGACAACGACAACGACAACGACGACAGCAAUGGAAACAAUGGAAGUGGCAAUAACCAGAAACACCCUCUCAACGUGGAAACGGGCUGUGGCAAGUAUCCAUAACAGCAAAGUGUUCGUCGUUCAAGAAUGCACAAAUACCUCACCCAAAAGAUGAUUGGGUCUGCUUGGGUCUGCUUGACCGAAUCUCUUCUAGUAAUCCGUUCCUGCUCAUUG